AUGGGGACUGUACCAGAUCCUCUGAGAGCAGCUAAGCUUUCCCCAGUCACAGCUCCUGCAGAGGAGGGCUGCCUGGGAGACCUGCAGCCUGUGAAGCACCAGCCCCAGCUGCCAAGCGGACAGAGGGCCAGCCAUGGCUUUCCGGUCACGCCGCCGAUGCCAGCACCGCCAAGCUCCCGGCAGUUUGUGCAAGGCAGCCGGGUCAAAACGAGCUCCCAGCUGCAAAUGGAUGACUCUGCCUUGAAACCUCAGGGGACUGAUGAGCAGCCGGCACUUGAGGUGUUAAAUUAUUCUUCCCCGGGCGACCCUAUUAGGGGCAAUGAGUCCUGUUGUACUUCUCAGGCAAACCUUCUGCAAAGAGGGGAAAAAGACAUGGGAGCAGAAAAAAGUGAUUAUGUUGCGUGUCAGUCAGCCUUGCCAGUGAGGCACACUGAAGCUGACCUGGGGAGAGUCCCACAGACUGGCUUUGAGGCAAAAAGCGGGGCUGCGGACACCGCGCAGUUGCAUCCCUCGGAUAAGAGCAAAGCGGUGCAGAGCAACAAGGCACCAGCCCAAUCUAGCCACGAGAGUCCGUGUCCCAUACGCCAUGCGGGCACCGAGCCGGGGAGCUCAGGCCCCACACAGCUCUCCAAAUUCAGAGAAACAGGUACAAUGACAGUGCAGUCCGAGAGCGGCUCUUCAACUCAGGAAGCAGUAAGCAGGACGUGGCGAGAUGCUGAGGUUCAGGCUGUGGCUACCAUGGAGAGCAGAUCAGCUUCCACCAGCCCCAGUAUCCUUGCUGCCUUCUUAAAAGGGAAUCCUCCUCCAGAGGAGAAGGAAGAACUGCACAUAAUUUACCAAGGAGGUGUGGGGCUGAGCCAGUCUGCACUUACUGACAGUUUGUCCUCACAACAAAAGUCCCCGUGUUCUCCUGGUAUCACAUCAAAACCGACUGUUGUUAUGGCUGUGACUGCUUCGGGCCAAACUCAGCCUGACAAACUGACUGGAGUCCCAUCUGACAUGGUGUCUCCAGCCUCAGCAGAUAAUGCAAAACCUGCUCUGUCCUUGUCCCCUGCAGCCGUUACCUCCCAAGGGUCGUCUAUGGGUAAUGCUGAAAUGACCGGUGCAGCCCAUGAUGGCAAAGAUGCUGCUCGGCUGCCGAUGGAUGCUCCACUCCCACCAAAGCCCAUCCCUGUGGAGCAGCUUGCAGUUGACUCCAGUAAUAAAACUCCAGCACAGUCUGGGUCUGGCGAUGGUGAACCAGGCACCACUUCCACUGCCGCUGUCCCAAGAACCGAGAACAACAUGCGAGAUGUUGUCCAUGACGCAGGAACCAGCCGGUUACCUUCACUCUGUAGCACAGAUGGAGAAGUCAAGCAGAAAGAGGUCCUGGGCAGCUCUGAGCAAAAAACUGCGCAGUGUAAGGGUGCAAGUCAAAGGGAAGCCGUUCCUAAUCAAUCUGUGGUAAAACCAAGGGGAGAAAACUCGAUGGUGCUUGAUGGUAAAGGAGGGAUGAAUGUUAGCAUCCAGCCUGCUGCUGUCUGCACAAAGGCAUGCUCGGAGGAUGCAGGUGAGAAGGAGGAGAGCAGAGACCAUGGAGUCACUGGCCAGGCUCAGAUGGCUGGUGGCCAGAGCCUACAGGCAGGACUGACUCCCAAGUUGGGUGCGAGCUCUGCGCGUCUCACCCCUCCCUUGGAGACAUCAGCAGGUCCCCGGCAGCAAGGCCUCCAGGCCAAGGAGUCCAGAUGUGAGCUCCACACAGCAGCUCCUCCUGCUGCAGCUGAGGCUUUGCCAAACUUGGGAGAAAACAAGAAGCAGCCCACGCCAGCCAUGGAGGCAAAUGUGCGGGUGAAGCAGUCCAAACAUGUCAGGGAUGUUGUUUGGGAUGAGCAAGGCAUGACGUGGGAGGUUUACGGUGCUUCCCUUGAUCCGGAAUCCCUGGGAAUUGCCAUCCAGAACCACUUACAGAGACAAAUACGGGAACACGAGAAACUGAUCCGGGUCCAGAACAGUCAGACCCGGAAAUCCAUUUCCUCUGAUACAUCCUCAAAUAAAAAACUGAAGGGGAGGCAGCACAACGUGUUCCAGUCCAUGCUGCAGAAUUUUAGGCGACCUAAUUGCUGCGUCCGACCCACUCCCUCUUCUGUGUUGGACUGA